AUGUUGAGUAUGAAUUUAAUUAAUUGGAGUGAUGAAUGGCGUCUUUUGCUAGAGACAAUAAAACGACAAGAUUUUGAACAUGUUCUUGAAAAAUCAAAUCGGCAAGAUUUACUUCUUACAGUGAAAUGUGUUGCUAUGACCUCAAUUGGCACUACUUUUGGAGCACUUAUUGGUGGACCACUUGGUGCUUUAGCAGGAGCAACUACAGCAACUAUGAUUAGUUAUGGAGCUAAUGUUAGAUAUAAAUCUAUAUAUGAACUUAUUAAACAAUUAUCAAUUGAAGAAAAAUAUCGUUUAUUAACUAAAAUCAAAGCAGUUCUUGGUGGAAUUUUUAAUGAACAAACUAUUAUAUUAAGUGCAGUCGUUGUAGCAAAAGAGAUAUAUAGAUUUUUCAGUGAUAUAAAAGGAACAACAAAUGAUAUAUUGUCAUCAUCAAAUAAUUCUAUAAUUAUUGAAGAAUUUAAUGAAUGA